GUGUGUGUGUGUGUGUGUGUGUGUCUGUGUGUGUGUGUGUGUGUCUGUGUGUGUCUGUGUCUGUGUGUGUGUGUCUGUGUGUGUCUGUGUGUGUGUGUGUGUGUGUGUGUGUGUGUGUGUGUGUGUGUGUGUGUCUGUGUGUGUGUGUGUGUGUCUGUGUGUGUCUGUGUCUGUGUGUGUGUGUCUGUGUGUGUCUGUGUGUGUGUGUGUGUGUCUGUGUCUGUGUGUGUCUGUGUGUGUGUGUGUGUGUGUGUGUGUGUGUGUGUCUGUGUCUGUGUCUGUGUCUGUGUCUGUGUCUGUGUGUGUGUGUGUGUGUGUGUGUGUGUGUGUGUGUGUGUGUGUGUGUCUGUGUGUGCUGAUGGACUCAACAGGUGUGGGAGGGGAAGUGUUGAGAGUCAAAGGAAUCUCUGAAAUUAUCGUCUCUUGAUUCUCUAAUAGCCCCUGAUGUCUCUCAUCACACUGUCGUUUUGUGUCUUUUUAGUCCUUUUGUACCUUCUCUUAGUUGUUUUGUGUCUGUUUGUGGUUGUUUUGUGUCUUUGAGGUAAUUUUGUGUCUCAUUUUGGUUGUUUUGUGUCUUUGAGGUAAUUUUGUGUCUCAUUUUGGUUGUUUUGUGUCUAUUUUCAGUCAUUCUGUUUGUGGUCGUGGGUGUUUUGUGUCUCUUUAAAGAUGUUUUGUGUCGUGAUUGCACACCAAGACACAAACAUCCACAGUUAUGUUUUCAGGCAUCUUUUGAUUUCUAUGUUUUUACAUUAAGACUCGUCUUUUUUCUGAUCGUGGCUCCAACUUGUGCAGGAAAAUCUCUGAAAUGUUUUUGUUUCUUCUUCUAUCUUUAGCUCCUCGUCCUUUGGGACCAGACGAGUCCUUCUGCGUUUGUCCCGGUGGACUGGGACAUCUGCAGCCUGUUCUCCAGCGCUGCCUCCACAUAUCCGCUGUAAUUCCCUGGAUUUCCUCCGUCUUGCAUCACGUCAGGCCAUGCAGCUGCUGUAAACUGUGUGGACAGAUGAGCUCUGUGCCUUUAAUUCCAGGAACAUGAACAGACCUGCAGAGAUUCUACUGUUUCCUCCUCGUUUCUCAUCCAACUGAAGUCAAACUUCACCCUCAGAACUAUGAAACUUCCAUCCAUCGUCCAUCGUGUGUUGUGCGACUGGAUGCAGCAGGUUAAUCUGCACUGAGCGAUGUUGUCGACGACAACUGGAGGCUGAACUCCUGUCCAGGAAGUUGACACCUCCGAAGUUUCCCAGAACACCAGACUGAAUGAGCUGCUCUCACACAGACACACACAGACUCACACAGACUCACACAGACACACACGGACUCACACAGACUCACACAGACACACACGGACUCACACAGACUCACACAGACUCACACAGACUCACACAGACACACACAGACUCACACAGACUCACACAGACUCACACAGACACACACGGACUCACACAGACUCACACAGACACACACGGACUCACACAGACUCACACAGACUCACACAGACACACACGGACUCACACAGACUCACACAGACUCACACAGACACACACGGACUCACACAGACUCACACGGACACACACGGACACACACGGACUCACACACAGACUCACACAGACUCACACAGACUCACACAGACACACACGGACUCACACAGACUCACACGGACACACACGGACACACACGGACUCACACACGGACUCACACAGACUCACACGGACUCACACAGACACACACAGACUCACACACGGACUCACACGGACACACACACGGACACACACACACGGAUACACACACGGACACACACACACGGAUACACACACGGACUCACACAGACUCACACAGACUCACACAGACACACACAGACUCACACACGGACACACACACGGACACACACACACGGACACACACACGGACACACACAGACUCACACAGACACACACAGACACACACAGACUCACACACGGACACACACACACAGACACACACACGGACACACACAGACUCACACAGACACACACAGACACACACAGACUCACACACAGACACACACAGACUCACACACGGACACACACGGACACACACACGGACACACACAGACUCACACAGACUCACACAGACUCACACAGACUCACACGGACACACACAGACUCACACAGACACACACAGACUCACACAGACACACACAGACUCACACAGACUCACACAGACUCACACAGACUCACACGGACACACACAGACUCACACAGACACACACAGACUCACACAGACUCACACAGACACACACAGACUCACACAGACACACACGGACACACACAGCGUGGGCGGACCGGUCGACCUCGGGGUCGGUUGUCUGGAAGUGUGGGCUGAUCUCACAGCUGACAGAAACCUUCAUGCUGCUUCCUGCUCUGACUGAUAAACCAGCGACUCGACUCCCAGCGAGGCGUGUGAUUGGCUGCUCUGACUCUCCUGUGGUCAAACGGCGUGUCCAGACUCUUGGCGUUCUGAAUCAUGAACUCGAAGGCAGAAGCUCGCUGCGGACAUCCAGCCAACAAAACCGACACACCUGCAUCUGCUAUCGGAGGAAUCGUCCAAACGCCGCCACGCUUCCUUGAUCUGUAUUCAGCCGUGGAAGGAGGUCAGAGAGGGGGAAGAUAAGACGGAGGGAUAAAAGAGACGAGCGCCGCAUACCAACGACGAGGCCUGCAGGGUCGCAACAAAGAGCCGAGUCGUCUGAAUCUGACCCCGAACCAGCCUCUAAUGAAGCUCCACAUCCUGCCGACGACUUCCUCUGAUGUGCAGCUCCACAGCAGCACGUUCUGAACCAGGCCGUUAGAGAAAACCCCUCUGCUUGUUGUCGGGACAACCAGAGGCGUUUUCUCUCUGGGCCGGCUGCAGAUCAAACGGCCUAAAAUGCCACAAAACACACAAAAAGACCCUAAAAUUAUGUAAAAGACACAAAAAUGACACAAAAAGAUGCUAAAAUGACAUAAAAAUGACACAAGGAGAUGCUAAAAUGACACAAAAAGACCCUAAAAUUAUGUAAAAGACACAUAAAGACACUAAAAUGCCACAAAAAGAUGCUGAAAUGACACAAAAAUAUGCUGAAAUGACACAAGAGACCCUGAAAUUACACAAAGACACAAAAAAGACUAAUUAGCCAACAUGUUCAAGCAGUUUCAUAUUUUUGUGUCAUUUUAGGAUCUUUUUGUGUCAUUUUUGUCUUUUUGUGUCAUUUUAGGAUCUUUUUGUGUCAUUUAGGAUCUUUUUGUGUCAUUUUAGAGUCUUGUGUCAUUUUUGUGUCAUUGUUGUGUCUUUUUGUGUUUUGUUGCCUUUUUGUGUCAUUUUAGUAUCUUUUUGCAUCAUUUUAGCAUCUUUUUGUGUCAUUUUAGUAUCUUUUUGCAUCAUUUUAGCAUCUUUUUGUGUCAUUUUAGGGUCUUUUGUGUCAUUUUUUGUCUUUUUCUGUUAUUUUAGGAUCUUUUUGUGUCUUUUUGUGUCCUUUUAGCAUCUUUUUGUGUAUUUUGUGUCUUUCUGUCAUUUUACAAUCUUUUUGUGUCGUUUUAGAGUCUUCAUGUGUCAUUUUUGUGUCAUUGCUGUGUCUUUUUGUGUCAUUUUAGCAUCUUUUUGUUGUCUUUUUGCAUCAUUUUAGCAUCCUUUUGUGUCAUUUUUGUGUCUUUGUAUGUCAUUUUAACAUAUCUUCGUGUCAUUUUUGCAUCUUUUUGUAUCAUUCUAGCAUCUUUUUGUGUCAUUCUUGCAUGCUUUCCUGCUAUUUUUGUCUCUUUAGUGUUGUUCUGUGUUACAGUGACGUGUUUCUGAGUUGUCUCUCCUUCUUCAUGGUUGUUGUGUUUUCUAAAAGUGACCCACAGUGAGUGAAAGUGAGACGGGAGCUAACAAACGGCUGCUCAGAGGGUUUGUUUGAGCCUGGUGGACUUCUUCAUGUGUGACAGUUUGAUGAUUUGGACUUUUCUCUGCUCUCUGAUUGCAUCAUUCUGUUAAACUCUUCUAGGAGCUCAUGAAAUAUUCAGAGCGGCUGCAGGACGCACAAAAACAACAAACGGCAGCCGCUCUGUGUGCAGCAGCUUCGGCUUUUUCUGAACAACGUCGUUUUCCUGCAGCUAAACACGCCUAAACCAGCAGAAUUAGCUUCAAAAUCUGCAAAACUCAAUAAUAAUUCUGGAAACUAGCAUAAAAAUGAAGCCACUGAAAGAAAACUACUUUUUCUGCUUGUGUUGGAAUAUCUGAGGUGUUUAAAGAUCAAAGAUUGUUAUUUUUUAAUUCGGACUGAACCCAGAACAGAUCAGUUUCAGUCUAAACAAACAUCUCUGUUUCUGUGUGUAAAGUUUAUCUGAAUAACAACCACAAAAAGACAACCAGAAAGAGAAACAAAACAACCAGAAAGAAAAAUAAAAUGACUACAAAGCCACACACAAAAAAGUCAGAGACAAAAGACAAAAGUCAUUCCAGAGGGUUAAGUUUAAUAUCCAUCGUCUUUUCUUGGUUUCAGUGAUGAUACUGAAGUUCCUGUAGAUCCAGAGUCAGCUGAUUCUAGGAGGAUCUGAUGGAUUGUUCAUGCAAUAAUCCACAGUACUAGUUACAGUAGUAGUACUUUUACUGCAGUAUGACUGUUCCUCCAUCUCUCAUUCAUUUCUGUCUCUGCUGGGAUCAGAGCUGCAGCUGUAGAUCUACCAGAGACACGUCCUCCACCGUCCAUCUCCACUUUCACAUCUGCUCAGGCUCAGCCGUAAACCUGCCAGGACCAGCAUUCACUGAUUUACCGUCCACUAGGAGUCCGUUCAUGUCGUCUAAAGCUGUUCUCAUCAUCUCUGUCAUUCAUAGAUCCACCUGAUUUAUCGGAUGUUUGUUGGCAGCAGCUCCAUGAGUCCUGCACGAGACAACUGAGAGCUCCACAAACAUCAGGAAAGUCUGGAUUACAGAAUCUGGAGGUUGAACUGGUUUUACUUUGAAGUGACGCCCAGAAGAAGAAGAACAUGCAGCAGGUGUCAGACCUGCAGUCUUCUCUCCUCAAAGGGUUAAACUAGUUUUCCUGGAUACCGGAAAAGUUGAUCUGAGCGGUCGGUCGCCUGCAGGUCUGUCAGCGGCUCCUGGAUUAGAAGCACGUCUAGAAAAGCAAACUCACCUCUCCUGCUGCGGUGACGAGAAGAUCAACCGCUGAGAUCACCGGGAACGUUUCCUGCAGGUCGUCCAGAAGCUCCUCUGCUGUCUGGAGAAUGAGAGGAAGCUGCUACCUGUAGAGCCAGGACCAGCUCAGGCUCUCCUGAAGGUCCCGGCCUAGACCACCUCGUCCAGAUGUGUGUGGAGCAGAGCAGAGCAGCAGGUCUUCAGGGGGAACCGGAGGACUUUUCCUCCCGGCAGCAGCUGCUCUGAGCCCAGAGUCUGGACUGGCAGGAGGCUGCAGCUGCAACCCUAAGCUGUCUGGAUCCUCCUCUGCUGCUGCUGCUGCUGCUGCUGCUGCUGCUGCUGCUGCUCCGACUGCACGACUGGAGCUCCAACGCAAGAAACCCACACUGGAAUAGUUGUGUGAUUGUUCAGAGUGUGUGUGUGUGUGUGUGUGUGUGUGUGUGUGUGUGUGUGUGUGUGUGUGUGUGUGUGUGUGUGUGUGUGUGUGUGUGUGUGUGUGUGUAUGUGUGUGUGUGUGUGUGUGUGUUCUCCCAGAUUCCUCGAAUAGUGAGUCGGCAGCUCACAUGGCUUCACUCCUCCUCACUACAGCUACACAACUGCACAACUCCUGACCCACUGGACUCUACGUGCACCGACACACUUCACUUUGUGGUCAGUUUGUGUGUUCUUGUAAUGAUUUUGUGUUUCCUUGCAGUCAUUUUGUGUCUCUUUCUGUUACUUUGUAGUACAUUUUGUGUAUCUUUGUGUCUUCUGUUGGUCAUUUUGUGUUUCCUUAUUGUAAUUUUGUGUAUCUCUGUGGUCAUUUUAUGUUAUUUUGUGUCACUUAAUGUUACUUUGUAGUAAUUUUGUACCUCUUUUUAUGUUGUUGUAUGGUUGUUUCUGUGUGUUUUUGCUCGACUUGUGUCUUUUUGUGUCUCUCUGUGGCCAAUUUGUGUUAUUUUGUGUUAGUUGGUAGUCAUUUUUGUCUGUGUUUGUGGUAGUUUUGUGUGUCCUUGAGUCUUUUGGUGGUCAUUUUGUGUUUCCUUGUUGUAAUUUUGUCUAUCUUUGUGAUCAUUUUGUGUUAUUUUGUGUCUUUUCUGGGUCACUUUAUGUUACUUUGUUGUAAUUUUGUGUCUCUUUGUGAUGGGAUUGUGUUUUUUGUUUCAUUUUUGUGGUCAUUUUGUGUCUUUUUUGUGUUACUUUAUGUUACUUUGUAGUAAUUUUUGUUUCUGUUUGUGACAGUUUUGUGUCUCCUUGUGUCUUCUGGUGAUCAGUUUGUGUUUCCUUGUUGUAAUUUUGUGUUUAUUUGUGGUUGUUUUGUCGCUUUUUGUGGCCCUUUGUGUCACUUUCUGUCUCUUUGUAAUCACUUUGUGUAUCUUUGUGGUCAUAUUGCAUCGCUUUCACUCUGUGUGUUUUGGUUUUGUGUCUCUAUUUGUGGUCAUUCUGUAAAUAAUCUCUUCUUGGACACCUGUAGUAUUUCAGUUUCUCCAAAGUGAAAUAUUAAAAUAUUCGCAUCAUUUCCCUAAAAGUCUGACAUGUUUGGGAUUGUAAAUAAAGUUUGGGAAGUUUUUUUAAGGCUGAAGCAGCAGAGGAAAGUUAUAAUAAUAAUAAUAAUAAUAAUCCGGACAUACCUUCGUCCCGAUCUGGUUCCCGCACUGACCCGCCUGGAUGUGAACGAUUUCCCGCAUCCUGACCUCCGGUGUGUCCGUCCUCCUGUCGGUGCUGCUCGGUUCCGGUAUCCGUCCUCCGGUGCUGCUCGCCGGUGCGCGUCUGUUCAGCGGGAGCGCGCCGCCUGCUUCUUGUCCUCUCGUCGAGCGCGUCCCCGCGGCCCCGCAGCCCCGCCCUGCUGGGAGGCCCCCAGUCAGCAUUCAGCUCCUGUGCUGGGUUUACUGGGUUUACUGGGUUUACUGGGUUUACUGGGUUUACUGGGUUUACUGGGUUUACUGGUCCCAGCUGGAGCCGCUGGUCUCCUGAUGGACUCAUACUGGUAAUACUGACACACAAUGUGAAUAAACCGCUAACAAAUGUUUAAAAACCGCCAAUAAUCCCCAAAUGUUCUGUAAAAUACCGAAAAAUAAUCAUGUCACGAGAGUACAGAAGUUUUCCAGAAUUAAAAUUCUCUUUCCAGCUUCAGUUGGAAUCAUGUGUAUUUAUCAGAUUUUGAAUGUUUAAUGAAGGAUAUUUACAUAAUGACCAGAAUGUAAUGUGUCUCUGUGGUUGUUAUGAAUCUUUAUAUAGCUGUUUUGUGCUUCUUUGUGGUUGUUUUCUAUCUUUUAAUUGUCCCUUUGCAUGCAUUAACCUCCUGCUGGGUUUACUAUUACUACUAUUGGUCAUUUUGUGAUAACUUUAUGUGUCUUUGUCAUCAUUUUGUGUCUCUUAAUGGUCUCUUUACGUCAUUUUGGCCAUUUUGUGCAUUUUUGUUGUCAUUCUCUGUGUAUUUGACAAUAUUUUGUGUGUAUUUAAGGUCAUUUUUUGUCUCUUAAUGGUCUUUUUGUCUCAUUUUUGACAUUUUGUGUCUCUGUUGUGGUUGUUUGUGUCUCUUUUGGUAAUUUCAUGUGUCCUUGUCAUUUUGUGCACAUUUGUGGUCUAUUAGUCUCACUUUGGUCAUUUUGUGUUGCUUUGUGGUCAUUUUGUGUGUAUUUGAGAACAUUUUGAGUUGUUAUCUUUUCGUUAAACACGUCCUGCUGUUCACCUGCAGUGUGUUUCCCUACAGGAAGUGAGAGUUUCUCCUCCAGAUAUGUAACGAGUCAUCUAAACUAAACUGAGAGGGAUGUCUCUGUCGGGGGACACGUGCCAGACAUUCCCUCAUGAUGAUGAUGAUGAUGAUGAUGAUGAUGAUGAUGAUGAUGAUGAUGAUGAUGAUGAUGAUGAUGAUGAUGAUGAUGAUGAAGCCUGGGUCAGCUGCUGCUUGCCUCAGCAGUGUCGGCUUACAGCCCAGUGUGAGCUGUAAACCAGGAAUGUGUCGCUGUCCUGCUCGUCUUCAUCAGCUGAUCCCAAGCUCAAGUUGCUUUGUAGAGAAAAAAACACACAAAUGCAUGAAAAAUGUAAAAUAUGUGCUUAAAAGCUGGUAAUAGUCCAGCAGAUGGAGCCACAAACACACACACAUGUUGUUUAACCCUCAAGUCGUCCUGUGGGUCAAACUGAUCCGUUUUAAACUUUGAAAAUGCGAAGAAAAAAUAUUUUCACAGUGAAAACUACCACAUUUUCAACAUUUGGGGAAAUUUUUGAAAAUUUUUUGGUGGAAAAAAGAAAUGUUAAAAAAAUGUUUCUUUAAAAACAUUCGGGAAGAAAAUGUUCUUAAAGUAUUAGAACUUGUACUUACAUAUAUGGAAUCACUUUAGAUAUUUUUAGGAUUUUUUUUGGAAGAUUUUUAUUCAUUUUUGAAAGUAUUUACAAUUUUAAUUUUUAAAAUUUUUAUUUCUUGCCAAAUUUGAGGAUUUAUUAUUUUUUUUAAAUAAAACUUUUCAGGGAAAUUUUUAAGGAAUUUUCUUCCUGAAGGUUUUGCACAUUUUUAAAAAUUUGGGGAAUUUUUUGCUGAAUUUUUGGAUUUUUUUUCAGACAAAGGAACAAUAUUGUUUUGCGCCGUAAAUGAGGACAACAGGAGGGUUAAUUACCAGGAAAGAACCAUGAGGUGAAAUUACAGAACUCCUCCCUAUUUAAGAUUCACUUUCCAGCCUAAAUAUCACAUGAGCUCAUUUAGUUUUAUAUUUAUGCACCAAUAAUAUAAAACGAGUCUCUUUGUCAUCAUUUUGUGUCUUUUUGGACAUUUUACAUGUUUGUGGGGGUUUUUUUUGUCUCAUCAGGUCAUAUUGUGUGUCUUUUUGAUUGGUUUUGUAUUUUUGGCUGGUAAUUCUUGUAUUUGUGGACAUUUUUGAGAUUUUUUUUUGCCUAGUUGUGUUUUUUUGUUUCAAUUGUGACAUUUUGUGUCUCUUUGGUGGUUUAUUUAGUCUCUUUUUGGUAAUUUCAUGUCACUUUGAGGUCAGUUUGUGUCUCUGUGGUCAUUGUGUGUCUCUUUGUGGUUAUUUUGUCUCAUCUGGUCAUUUUGUCUCACUUUGUCGUCAUUUUAUGUCUCUUUGUCGUCAUUUUGUGUCUGUUUGUUGUCAAUUUCUGUCUCUUUGUGGUCAUUUUGUGUCUCUUUUUAGACGUUUUUGUGUCUGUGGUGAUUUUCUGUCUCUUUGUGGUCAUUCUCUGUGUAUUUAUAGACAUUUUGUGUGUAUUUGUGUUCAUAUUGUGAGUAUUUGUGGUCUUUUUGUCUCAUUUUGGUCAUUUUUGUGUCUGUUUGUGGUCAUUUUGUUUCAUUGUGGACACUUUGCGUUUCUUUUUGGUAAUUUUUUUCUCUUUGUGGUCUGUCCUGGUCAUUUUGUGGUACUUUUCUGUAUCUUUGUCAUCAUUUGUGUGAGCUGUGGCAGGACUCUCUCUCCCCUACAGGUGUGUGAUGCUGAUGAGAGGUGCAGGUGUUUCCCAUCUGCAAUCAGCAGAUGGUGUGCAGGUGGAUGGAGGGCAGCUAAUCAGCUUCUGUUGUGUCUCUAUAAAGACUGCGCUCAGUCGUGGGUUGAUGCUGGACCGUCUUCGUCCCUCCAGUCAGUGCUGUGAGCUGAACUGUCUGAGCCACGGUCUUUUUUGUUCAACCAGUAAUUCUGUUUUCUUGUGUUUAGUGCUGACCUCUGCCUGCUGUUGGUUCCUGAUUCCUCUGGUUCGCCAUCUAGUCCUCCGUUCUUCUCCGUGGAUUCUGUUGGAUUGAGGAAACUGGCCGUCGUCAGAACCACCAGGAUAACACCAACCACAGCACCUGGAGUGUCUGGAUCCAUCUUACCUCCCUCUCCUCCUGCCAUAUCUACCAUCCUCGUGUCCCCUUAGUGAAAGGAGGCUCCUAGGAAGAACCAAGAGGAGAUGAAUUCACCCUCCUUCUCUUCUAGAGUCAGUAAGGUUCUCCAGCCCUAGAGUCACCAGACGUAGAUUAUACCAACCUGUUUUUGUCGGCUCUUAACCUUUGGGGUUUUUUAGGUUAGAGCUUUUGGGGGUUUCACUACAGUUACUGGUUGUUUUGAGUUUUAGUUGGGUUUCCUUAGUUGUUUUCCUGCUUGGUUUUACCAAUAGUGGGUUAAUUGUAGUUUUGGGUUUUGUUUUUAGUCCUCCUUACCUCUAGAGGCGUUUAUGUUCAGUUCUUUCUUAGUGACCUCUGGCUCGGAUUUGUAGUUCUGGUUUUUCUUAUGCGUGUAUUCCUUGAGUCUGUAAAUAAAGCAUUUUAAAACACAA